CUCCUCUAAAAAAAAAUACUCCUCUGUCGUCGUGUUCCUCUGUUUUUCGGACUCACCCUCAGCUUCCCAGUUCAUGUUCAUGAGAUCUCAUCACCUCUGUAUCGAAUUGUAUCCGGAAUCCUUGUUCAUUGAGUCGUCUAACAUGUAGAGGGCUGCGACUCUGUCUCCGUAUUCCCAAACGCAUCGGUUUGCUUCCGGAUCUUUUUGCUCUGAAAAGGGGGAAAAAACAGGGGGUCGACUCUGUUGUGUUUUCAGCUCAAAUUCUCGAUCUGGGAGCUCCUGAGGUCCCUUAUCCCGAGUUCCCGACCCGCAGCUGUAGUGGCAAUCCAUACCUCUACUCCAUGUCCAGCACGGCGUUAAAUUGGGCGCACAACGCCGUCGGACUAAUCGACAAGAUAGUGUAUCAAUGGUUUCAGCAACUGAAACAAUUCUUGCAAGCCUGCCAACAGAUUUAUAUUAUCUCUCAGGGUGCCCAAAACAUGAGACAAGACCUUGUGCUUGAACUUCCACAGGACAUCUUACAUCAUAUACAUUCCCUCCUGCCGCUGAAGGAUGCUGCUCGUGCCGCCUGUGUAUCUCAUGCUUUUUUGCAUUCCUGGAGAUGCUAUUCCACCCUCACACUCAGCAAAGAAACACUUGGGUUGACUCACGAGAAAUUGGGGUGGUUUAAGGAAAUAGAAAUCCAUCUCAUCGACAAAGUUGACCGCAUUCUUAAUAACCAUCGUGGCACUGUGCUCAAGACUCUUAAACUUGAUCUUUUCAUUUGUGACAACAUUAGCACCUCCUACUUGGACAGGUGGCUCCAAACAUCUGUUAAACCUGGGAUCGAGGAAGUAAGCUUGGUGGUGUCAACUUUCAUGGAGAAAGACUACAACUUCCCCUGUUCGAUUUUGUCCGAUGCGAUAGCUGCAAGAUCAAUUCAGUCUCUUCACCUCCACGGUUGCACUUUCCAUCCCACAGUAACACUUGGCUGGUUGAGGAGAUUGGGAACUUUACAACUGUAUUUUCUCAAAAUUAAUGACGAGGGAUUAGGGCACCUGCUUUCUAAAUCUCUCGCCCUGGAACAGUUGGAAAUCUGUUGUUGUGACGAGAUAACUUGCUUUAAGAUGCCUUGUAAGCUGCAGCAGCUCAAGUUCCUUAGAGUUGCGAGAUGCGACAUGAUCCAGUUGGUAGAGAUCAAUGCUCCAAAGCUCUCCUCGUUUCAGUAUGAGGGAACCCAGGUAGAGAUCAAUGUCAUAGACUCCACACAACUUAAGGAUGUAGAAUUGUUACAUGACAAACCAUUUGGCACUCUCUGUUCUGCAUAUGCCAAGCUCACAACCAUUGCGCCAAAUGUUAGGAGCCUUGCCCUGCGUUCUCGUAAUGAGGAAUUCAACAUGCCCGUGCUGCCUGUGAAGCUCCUUCACCUCAAGAAGAUGGAAAUCACCCUCUUUAGAUCAGUAUCGGCCUUAUGGCCCAGCUGUGAUUUCUUUUCGCUGAUUCCUUAUCUUGAUGCGGCUCCUUACUUGGAAUCUUUCAUCUUACGCGUAGACCAGGACGGCGUAGGGGAUGAUUCUGUUGUUUCUGUUGGAGAGGACGAAUUAAGGUGGAAGCCAGAGUACAGGCAUCACCAUCUCAAACGGGUGAUGAUCACGGGCUUUUGCUCAACCAAAAGCUUAGUGGAAUUUACGAGGCACAUUCUCCAGCACACUUCUUCACUGGAGUGCCUUACGCUGGACACAACUAUUUUCUGCCGUAGGAGCUUCGAGACCUGGCAUGCGACUGAAAAAUACGCCGCCUCAGGAACUCACAAAUGCUAUCCAAUGUGUACCACAGCUCUCGCUAAGGCUCAGAGAGCUACGGAGGCUGCUAGCAGAUACAUCGCGGGGAGAGUUCCCUCGGCUGUUAAGUACACGAUCCUGAAGCCGUGUAUUCAUUGCCAUAAAUGCUAACCGGUCUCCAAGUAUUAUAUAAAUGUUAUGUACAAUAUAUCAUAAUAUUAUAUAAAUUUACUCCAAGUAUUUACUAGCUCCA